AUGAAACGUCAACCCCCGGAGGUAUCGCCACUUACGCGCGGUGCCUACCGGUGCCCCAUGAAGAGGCGCAGCAAGUACUUUUCGAAAGCUAGUAGAAAGACCACCAGGCAGGAAAACACGCCCUCCAAGAGGACACAUGCAGGGGAAGCAGGAAACUACGCCAUCCCCAUCUCGACGAGCCUAUACAACUCGACCAUACUGCAUGGGAAGUUCAAGAGUAGAGAAGCAAAUGGGGGGAAGGAAGCGGGACUGUCCGAUGGUACCCCCAAUAGGCAUCUCACCACAAAUGAGGAGAAAACUCCCCCUAGAAGGUAUCAGACGGGGUAUAGGAAUGGCAGUUCGCCCCCUGAUGAGGACAAUUCCCUAACGAUGAAAUUUCGUAGGAUAAUUGCCACCUACAACACCUUUACCGAGCUGAUGAGGAAGCUAAAGUUAAGUAACAAACAAAUGGGACAACAUACCAACUGCCCUACAUGCAGUAACAGCUCAGUACUUAUGAAGGAAGGGAAGUAUGGGCACUACUUCGAGUGCACACAGUGUCAUGAAAGGGUUUCCAAAAGGAGAGCAGAAAACUCCAUGUUCGAUGAAAGAGAAAAGUUGUUUCUUCAAAAUAGGAAAAAAAUCUGCUUCGAAAUGGAAAAACCCGACUCCUACCGCAUUCACCACUUUGGGAACCUCAGCUUUGCCAACGACUUCAACAAAAUAGUAACCGACGUGAUCAGAGAAGUGGUCACUGAUUUGAGGAAAAUAAAAAGACGUAGAAUAAAAUACAGGAACAUUAUAAAGUACAUAUACAGGAUCAAUACAUCUGUUGAUUUAUUCGAAUGUUCAAAGAGGACAAAAUUGAAAGGUUUCCGUCCUGCAAGGUACGUCUCCCAUGGGGAGUCCCACUCCGUCUUCAGGUCCAGUUGCAGGUAUAACUUCUCACUCAACCGAAAACGAUACGCAGCCCUCCUUAGGAAGAACUAUGCGAAGGUGAAGUCCAAAGGGGGGGAAGAAGACGUAGAAGAAGAAUUACUCUUCCUGUACAACUCCAAAUUUUUAAACCAUGUUGAAAAAAAAAAAAAAAAAAAUAGCCAUUUAUUUAAAACUCUAAUUGAUAGGUACACCCAGUGGUACAUAAACGGACGUGACUUUUUCGAUGAAAUGAAAUAUCUUCCAUUGACUUGGAAACCCAGGAGGGACUACAUACAGAGUGGAAUCUUCCCCUUCCACCUAUCCAAGGAUAUUAAGAAGAAAGCUUCCUUUAGAAGACUCAGCGUUGACAAUAACAACUAUCUCUGCGGGUGUGUGUUCGACCUCUGCUCCUACCCCCUAAUGCUACGUUAUUUUGUAUUCCAUUUAUACAACCACUGUUUUGUGCACGAAAUUCCUACCUGCGUCUUCCACUACUUUGGAUACGUCUACCCGAGGGUGAAUGAGAAGACACGGGUACAUAAGUUCUUUCUAAAAUGGAAAUUCUCCAACGUCAUGCGGAUAACCUGCGCAAAGUAUAAGCGCGAAUUUGAGGAGUGCCUUCUCCAGGAAGCGCAGUCGCCACGCCCUGCUGUAACUGCUAAUAUGAGAGGGGAAUCCCCCAUUGCAUGCCCCUCCAAGUAUUCCCCCCCGGAUGAUAACCGUAUAACCAGUUCGUACAAUUUGGACGAGCUAGCCAAAUCCUCCUACCUUUUCAGUCGAGAAAAACUCAAAGCUCAUAUACUAAGACACCACUACACGAAACGAAAGAAAAAAGUGAAAAGAAAAAUUUUCAGCGAAAUUAAAAAUAGGUGCCUUGAAGAAAUAAAAAAGAACCUCCCCAGGAGGAUUCAAAAGGUGAUCCUACCGUACCAGCUAGAAUCUGUGUACUUCUUUAAACAGCAGAAUGGAAGAAUAUUAAUUGCCGACGAAAUGGGACUAGGAAAAACGCUGCAGGCGAUUUGUAUUUUCCACUUUUUUCGGCUUUACCCCACCCUUAUUGUAACUCCGUCGUCUUUGAAGCUUAACUGGGCCUGCGAAAUUGAGAAGUUCCUACCUGCGUUCGACCCGUCCAAGGUGCUCGUGGUAGGCGAUUCGAACGACUUCCCGAGGGGGGCCAGGUUGUACAGAAUCAUCAUCGUCUCCUUCGAGCUGUACAAAAAGCUGGCCCACCUCAUAAACGAAAUAAACUUCAAACUAAUUAUUGUGGACGAAAGUCACUUCAUAAGAACGGUGCAGUACGGGAAGCAAAGUCAGCUAGCCAAAAUGAUCAAAGGGACCCUUAAAAAGACAAAAAACGCCAUUUUCCUGAGUGGAACUCCCUCCAUAAACAGACCCAUCAAUAUAUACCACCAAAUUAAGUACCUCAUAAACAGCAAAAAAAUUUUCUGUAAAAAUAAAUUCACCUUUGGGGAAGAAUUUUGCAAAAAAUAUUUUUGCAGAGGAGAAAAGAUAUUCGAAGAAAAUUUACGCUCCUGGGAAUUCCACCUCUUCUUAAAAAAAACCGUCAUGAUAAGGCGGUCCAUUUCGGAGGUCUUUACUUCCAACUUUCCCGACUUGAAACGGUUCUUCGUGUACUUACCUCAUGGACCUUACACCAUGGGGAAAGAUGAUCUCGUCCAUUUUUCAUCGUCCUCUCCUUGUGCCCCAACCGGAGAAGAAAAUGCCCUGCAAACUGUCGAGAAGGACUCAAAAGAAGAAACCCAGUCGGUUGACCCAGACUUCGCAACCCCCAACAGACAAGCAUUGAGCGAGUUUUUUCAGGUACAGAUAAAGUCCAAAAAAGUAGAAGAGGGACUGUCCAAAGUGGUUCAUGCGAUGAAAUAUAUGGAGGAACAUUUCCCAGGGAAGAAGAAAAUAAUUUUUUGCUACCACCUAAAUGUGUGUAAAUGCAUCGAAGAAGAGUUGCUAAAAAUGAUAAAAAGAAAAAAACAAACUGAACAAGUUAUUGUAGAUUACGUUGUACUGAAUGGAAGUUUAAGCGAAAAGGAAAAGAGAGAAAAAAUACAAUUCUUUCGCAUGAACCGCAGCUGUCAGUAUGGCAUUUUCACCAUCUGUGCAGUCAGCCAUGGGUUAGACUUCACCUUCUGCAACUUGUGUUUUUUUGUAGAAUUUCCAAUAAACUUCUUUCACCUUCAACAAUGCGAAAGCAGACUGUUUAGGAAGAACCAGCAAUUCGACACGUACGUUUUUUACUUCCUCUUGAAAAAUGGCUUAGGGAGUGACUACAAAACGUGGAGGAGGUUCAUGCUGUGUGCACAUAGCACUCGCUCAAUAUUAGAUGGAACGGAGUUUGUUGCCAAGGAUCUCCUCUAUGAGAACGUUUCGGGGGACGUGCCUAUGUUAAGCGGUCAAAGUGGGUCAAGCGGGGUUAUAGAUCCUUCCAGAAGUAGUUACUCCGCGGAGGGAACCAACUGCCCCUCCCACACCGUGCGAAGAGCGCGAAAAGGAAAAUUCCUCUUCCAAAUAAACACCCUCACAAACAGAAUCCAUGCGUACUACCAGAACAGGAAGACCAACUUUCCCAUGGAACAUUUAACCAACCAUGGGGAUGAUAAAAAAUCAGGGACGCUUCUCAAAAAAUGCGCGACUAAAUUUUUGCAAAAUUACAACAAACUAAGCACGAACGAAAAGAAGUUAAUUGAAAAGAAAAAAUGCGACAUGCACAUAUCGCUGUUACGCAAAUUGCGCCACGGAGAAAAUAAAAUGAAGCCCCUAAAAUUUGAGAGGUACAUAAAGAACUCCACCGAAGGUGAUAAGACAUACGUGAAGACGUACCUUAAAAACAGCUUCAGGGGAAAACUACAAGUCUUCUAUUACCAGGAGUACGAUGAAAAAAGAAACGCAGUUAAAUGUUUGCAGUGUAAAAGUGAGUUACCCCCCAGUGCCAAUGCCAUAGUUGGAGAAUAUGACGUCAUGAAAUAUCUGCAGGACCACUCAGACAGCGCCACGGUGGAGAAAUUUCAUCACGAAUUUGAAACGAUUAAACUGCAAAGUUGUAAUGUUAAAAAUAUUCUCAUAUGUGAUGAGAGCAAUAUGUUUUGCGAGGGAAACUGCAGGAAGAUUUAUUUUUUAAAAAAAAGUUCCACCACUAUACGAAGAUUAAUUUAUGAAAGAGAUAAAGGCGUUUGUAACAUUUGCAAAUUGGAUUGCACAAAUUUAAUUAGACAAAUAAAAAAUCAAAAAUAUUUUUCAAUUAACGAAAAAAUUGAUUAUUUUGUUAAAAGGUAUCCACUAUUUAUUGAAGAUAUUAAUCACCUCACAUUCAUACUUGAGAAACCAAUGGAGGGACAUAUCUGGAACGUGGACCAUAUUUUGCCCGUUUUCAGGGGGGGCGGAGAGGCCUCCUUUGAUAAUUUGCAGACAUUGUGUACCUUCUGUCAUAAGAAAAAAACAAAGGACGAUUUUAGGAAAAAGGUGGAAAGCGCUAACCCUUUGGAGAACUCCCCUUUAAAAUGA